AACUGGAACCGCUGGCUGGCCAUUCCUUUCUUUUAAAAAAUAUAACAAUGCAAGAGUUACCAAGUACGAUCACAUCUGCACACUACAAAACAUAUCUUAUUAUGCAAGCUUGCUUUCAUCUGGGUUAAAUUCUGGGAUGCUCAUAGUGCUAUAUGACUAUGAAAGUUGAAUUAUGGUAAACACAGGAACAUGCAGUUGUGUGGGGCUUAGGCCAGACUGCUGUGUCCGUCUAAAAACAAAAUUGAGUCAUGCAUAGCAAACUUGCUCCCUUGUUAUACAGAUGACAAAAAUAUGUAUUGUGAUUAUUUUUGGAAAGUAUUCAGACUCGGACUUUUUCCACAUUUUGUUACAGCCUUAUUCUAAAAUGGAUUAAAUUGUCCCCCCCCCCCCAUCAAUCUACACACAAUACCAAAUAAUGACAAAGCAAAAACAGGUUUAGAAAUGUUUGCUAAUUUAUUAAGAAUAAAAACGGAUUAAAUUCACUUAAGUAUUCAGACCCUUUACUCAGUACUUUGUCGAAGCACCUUUGGCAGCAAGUACAGCCUCGAGUCUUCAUGGGUAUGACGCUACAAGCUUGGCACACCUGUAUUUGGGGAGUUUCUCACAUUCUGCUCUGCAGAUCCUCUCAAGCUCUGUCAGGUUGGAUGGGGAGCGUUGCUGCACAGCUAUUUUCAGGUGUCUCCAGAGAUGUUCGAUCGGGUUCAAGUCCGGGCUCUGGCUGGGGCACUCAAAGACAUUCAGAGACUUGUCCCGAAGCUGCUCCUGCGUUGUCUUGGCUGUGUGCUUAGGGUCGUUGUCCUGUUGGAAGGUGAACCUUCGCCCCAGUCUGAGGUCCUGAGUGCUCUGGAGCAGAUUUUCAUCAAGGAUAUCUCUGUACUUGCGCCGUUCAUCUUUCCCUCGAUCUUGACUAGUCUCCCAGUUCCCAAUAAGGCUGUAACAUAGCAAAAUGUGGGAAAAGUCAGGGGGUCUGAAUACUUUCCGAAUGCACUGUAUACACUAAUUGUAAUUUAGUGUCAAAUUGGGAUUAGCGUAUAAUUUGAUUUGUCUUUUUGUUUUUAUUUUGGUAAAACAGCUGUUUAGGGGAUGCUACUAUAUCAUAAAUAUUUUAUGGAGACUUGCAUUAAUAGAUGCAAUUAAUGUACUUAUUUAAAAGGAUUGCCUCUUAAGAAACAGUAAUUUACUAGUCAACUAACAGAACAAAUACUAUAUCACAUCUACACUACUCAAUAACACAAGCUUGUUUCAGAUAAAUAUGUUUUUAAUUUUCUUAGCAUAUCUCAUGAAAAUGUUUUAAGUUCACAAGGGUAACCCUCCUCCACUCCAACUCUACAGCUUUUGCAAUCCAAAGUUCAUUGACCUGUUGGAGAAAUGUGGGGUUUGCAAACUGCAUUCUGUGUUUACCGUGUGGGGUUGUUGUACAUUUCACUCCUUUUCCCCAUUGCUUCCUCUGAGUUGUCCAGGCAGGCUAGCUGAGGCUAGAGAGUUCAGCUAGUACUUCUGGUCCAUAGAGACUUGCUCCCUCUGACCCAGUCCACUCUGCAACUACUCAUAUAUGUCGUGUACUUAUUUACUGGAAAGUACAUAUUUUCUCAGGAAGUUAAAUUGACUAAUUGGUUCUCUAUAGUUUCAUCAUGAUGGGUCUGAGUCAAUACUGGCAUUCCUGUCACUGGAUGGUAUGGGAGUUUCUGAGAAUGUGCCCUAUAAUCUUUUGGGGGUACAUCUCUGUUAUGUACUGUCCUAUAAUAACCCUACCUCACAUGUACAGAAGUAGCUGCCUGGGGACAGAAAGACCACGCAACAAAAAAAAACAACCAAAUCCUCAGACUUCAACUCUGGCCUGGUUGAGGCCCAAUUAUAGCCUACUGGGGCAGUUUUGUGAUGUUUAGUUUUUCAAAGAUUAGCCUCAAUCCAUCCCCCAUCUCCCUGGAGGUGUCUUCUGUUCCCUCCCUCUUCCUCCUCUUGUCUGUUUGGCAUGCUCAACACAGCCUGGAUCAGUUGCAAGUUUCUGAGGAGACACUACACAGCUCUGGGUUCCAGUUUGAAGUCAGUAUUAAUUUAGCUGCUUGUGUGAUGGAUAGGUGUUUGAUGACACUCCCAGUCCUGCUCCUGUUCCUGGGCCUGGUUGGGAUAUCCCGCUCCUGUCUGAAUCCUGUCUCUGCAUACAGAUUCACUGGGGCUGUCUGUAGGCUGACCUACUCUGCAGCAGGGGUCUUUUGGGAACUGAGAAGAGGUCGCUCAUCCGCUUUGAACAGGACAGUGACUGUGGCAAAACUCUGAGUCUGAGAGAGUGUCAUUUUGGGGCUGACCAUCUGCAGAGACUAGCAGAGAUUCUGAAGAGCUGUGCUGCUCAGUUGGUCAAACUGAGGUUAUCCUGUAACACCAUGCAGAGAGAAGGCCUCUUUGCUCUACAGAACAGCCUGACUGCCCUGUCCUCAUUACACACCCUGGAUAUAAGAAACAAUGGACUGAAUGUUCAGGUGAUUGAAGACUUGGUGAAGCAGCUGAGGUGUGGUCAUGUCCAACGCUAUAUCAGUAUUGAGGAGAUGUGGAUCACAGCAGUAGCAGCUGUUAACCUGGUCUCCUGCUGCUUGAACCUGAACCCCAACAUACACACAAUCAGGGUAAACCACACCACUGUACACAUUACUUUGGAAAAAUGCACAAAUCACACUCCUACCAGUGGUGAUUCUGCAGACAUGGCUGGCUCUCUGUCUACCAUGACCAUCAGUCUAGUAGACUGUGCAGUACAAGGGCACCACCUAGUGUCUCUGCAGACUGUGUUCCAGAGAUGCCCUCUGCUGCAGGAUCUAGAUCUCUCCCUGUGCUCUGGUUGGACAGCGGCAGGAGCAUUGGACCUGCUCAAAGGGCUUGGACAGUGUCUCUCUCUGGAUGGGAUCAGCCUUGACUCAGCACAGCUGGAUCAAAAGAGCACAGUCUCCUUGGCACAGGGGCUCCAUGCUAUGACCUCCUUGAAGAGGCUAAAUCUGAAUAAGAAAGUAACCAUGGCGACUGGAUCCCCAGAGGAGGCGACCACACUGGUCCUACCGGCCUCUCUGGAGGGGCUCAGAGCAAUGGAGGAGAUUGAGUUGGAGGGGAUGAGGAUGUCAGAUAAAGGAUUUGAGGAGCUUAUCAAACACCUGCCCAACUGGACAGGCCUGAGGAAGAUCAGCCUGUCAGAUAACUAUAUUGGUGGCCAAGCAGGAGAGAGGCUGGUCCAGGCCCUGGCUAAUUGCACAGAACUGGAGGUACUCCAUCUGUCCAGAAAUAAACUCAGCCUAGCAUGUGCUGCCAAGAUGGGACGAGUUCUGCCCACUCUCAUUCACCUCAGGGUUCUAGAUUUCUCCGAGAACCCGAUUGGCAGAGAAGGAUCUGUCAGUAUCUCCAAUGCUCUGAUCUUCAUUAACUAUUUGACAAAGAUACACUUGACCUCCAUAGGGACUUCAGAGCUCACUGGUCUAGCUGCCAGCUUGGCUUACUGUGUCUGUGCAGAGGAUGUCAGUUUUGCGUGGAAUGGCUGUGGAGAUGAUGUCGCAGUGAAGCUUUCUGAAGUUUUACCACAAUGCCAGAAGCUAAGGAGACUUGAUCUUGAGUUGAACAGUAUCAGCACUACUGGAGCAGAGGCACUUGCCAGAAGCUUACAGUCUUGUCCGUCGCUUGAAGUAAUCAGACUGUGGAGGAAUAGUAUCUCUACCUGUGAUGCCCAGAGACUGAGACAGAGCGAGAAGAGGCUCAACUUCUUCUCCACGUAGUCUAUGAUCUACUCAUUCAGUGUGGCAGCAGAACAGUCAACUUGCACUUUUAUUUUUAUAAUAGUUUAUGCACUUAGAGACCACAUUUCCUUAAAAUUACAGCAGGUCAUCAAAUCAAACAAUAAAAUGAUCCUUGUAGGGGGGGCAGUGAACCUUUAUUCCAACCCUGGGAACUGGUCUCUAUCUCUCUUUCUUCCUCUUCCUGGAAACGGUCCGUGUGUUGUCUCUAUCCACUCAUAUUUAUUUCUGUAUUGAUUUUGAAUCUGGGAUUCAUUGAUUGCUUAAGUUUUGCAGAAUUAUUUAUUUUUCACAUCUGACUAAAAGGGUCGGUGAGACCAAGUCAAUUUGUUCUCUUGAACUGCUGGAUUCUAAUUCUGUCAUUGCUCAUGUUUCAAAUCAAAAUCAAAUCAAAGUUUAUUUGUCACGUGCGCCGAAUACGACAGGUGUAAACCUUACAGUGAAAUGCUUACUUACAGGCUCUAACCAAUAGUGCAUUUUAUCUGCUAAUUUAUUCCUUACACUUGUUGUGUUUUGUCUUGUGUGGCAGAUUUCUUUCUUCAUUUACUUGUUUUUGUAAUGUCCAUUUUGAUGUUUUAUUAUGACAUGCACUGGUAAUAAAGUGUGAGA